AACCUAACCUAACCCUACCUCACCGCCACUCCCUUGACCCAACCCCAUCCCCUUCAGAAAAAAAUAAAGAAAGAAACAGGAAAGAAGAAAAGAGAAAGAAACGCAGAACAGGGAGGGAAGAAGAGAGGGAAAAGCGCUCCGCCACAUGCCACCACGCCGUCAUCACGCCGCCGCCACGGUUCCGAGGAGCUGCUACGCGAGGAGCCCUGGUUCGUUGACGACUCGUUGUCAUGCACGAGCAGAGGAGAGAGAUCGAGCAGAGAGAGAGACGCGAGGAGGAAGAAGGGAUUCACGCUGCCAGCUGUGCCGCCACCGCCGCGGGAGGGUCGCCGUCGUUGUGCUCGCCAUCGUCGAAGCUUCAGCCAUCGUCACGCCUGGCUGUUGCCAGGGUUGCCACCGCCGCGUCUCACCACUAAAGAGAAGCCUUGCCUACGCCGUUGCCGAACCGGGCCAGAUUCACCGAUUAAUGCUACUGCCACCACUGGCUUGCCAUUUCUGUUCGGCUCUGCCCUUAUUCGCCGUUCUAAUUGUUGAAAGGAAAUGUUGUCGAAGCUAUAGUUUCUCCGUUCCCCAUUCUCUUGUUUCUUUUCUGCUAAAGCUGCUGUGUUUGCGGUUAUUACUUUUGCUUACCGUUCUUCUUCGCUAGCAGAGGGUGCUUGGAAUACAAAUAAUAACGUACCUGCUGUAGAAUAAGGUGAAAAGAGGGUUUGUCACGUUAAAAUCGCUGCGGGUUUGAUUCUUUGAGGAACCGGAUGAAGAAGCAUUAAGAAGAGUUAUACUGCGUUUGGUUUAUAAGAUGUUGUAUUAAUUAGAUGUUUUCUCCCCUCGUCUUUGUUAUUACAAAUUUGUAAGAGGGAUAUGAAUUGUAUGUUUUAUAUGUAUAUUAUAUUAUGAGUUAUUAUGUAAGGAGUCUUGUAUAUGAAUCUAUGCCUGUUUGUAUUUUUCUUAAGAUAAAGUGUUUAUUUUUGGUUUUCUAAGAAAUCAGCGAUACAGUGUCGAGUCA